AUGAGUUCCCUUUUUCCUAUAGUGGAUGUAAGCACAAUAAGCCUACAAAAGAAGCCAAGUGAAAUAAACAGACAGGUACUUGAAGCUAUAGCAAAACUACUUAAAACUAGUUUUUGCAAAUUCGGGGCGUGUUAUGUCACAAACCAUGGCAUCGAUUAUGAAGAUAAAUACGUGAACACUUUUGGAAAAUUCUUUAAACAGCCACUUGAGGUGAAGACACAACAUCUUCGCGGAAUGCGGCGUGAUUUUGGUUAUACUCCAAUAGGACAGGAACGUCAAAAUCUUGAGAGACCUGGGGAUUUUAAGGAGAGUUUCAAUUACCAGCCCGCAGACGACCCAAAUGAUUGGGAGAACAACGACUUUCCGUCUGCGUGUAGAGUAAUGUUUAAUGAUUGUGAGAUACUCGGAUACCGUAUGCUUGAUGCACUUUCCAUAGCACUUGGUCAAAACCAACUAUCUAAGAGAAGGGCACCAAAAAAUUGGUACACUUGA